UUUAAAAGCAGGCUGAAUCAAAGCAUUUUGGCCCACACAAUAUAAAAUCAUACAUAAAACAUAUAAAGUAGGUGGUUUGGCCCGCCAAAGUUAGCUAGAUUUUUGCGUGUCCAUUCAUCGUUAUGGACUGUAUUUUAUGAAUGGAUUGGAUGGCAUUCCAAAAACACGGUGGACCACACAUAUAAUCUGGAAGGUUUUGAUGGUGGGAUCCCACUUCCAACUGCUCCUUGUGGCGCAACCAACCUGAGUCUUGGAUCAGCCUAAAUUUUUGGAUAUGUGGUGAACUUGAAGGGGCCCACCUUAUAGACGGAGUGGAUGUGGAUUGUAAAACGCAGACGGGCCCACACACAAUUGUAGAAAAAAAAAAAAAAAGGAUUAUUAUAUAUCUAGUAGUUGUAGGGAACCAAUGAUUAAUGAUAAAGUUUAUGUUAUCGGGUCCACUUCCGCUGCCGUGCUUUCUCUAUAAAAGCAAACUCUACUACCCUUUUUCCUACUAUUCCCUCCAUCCCCCAUUUCUCAUACUCGCUCUUUCAAAGUUCCUUCCAUUUGCUCUCUCAUGGAUGCUCAACCAAGAGUUCUUUCAGUAUUAUUUAUUUUAUUGCCAGUGCUAUUCACACUUAGGCCUGUCCUGGGCUUGACCGAAUGUCAUUUCCCAGCUCUCUUCAAUUUCGGUGACUCGAAUUCUGACACCGGUGGAUUUUCUGCAGCUUUCGGGGAGGCCGGUCCACCGGAUGGAGAGUCCUACUUCGGUGCACCUGCUGGAAGAUACUGUGAUGGACGCCUCAUCGUUGAUUUCAUCGCUAAGGGCAUUGGAUUGCCUUUUAUCGAUGCGUACCUCAACUCCAUCGGGAUCAACUUCACCCACGGAGCCAACUUCGCCACAGCCGCAUCAACUAUUAGAGAACCAACCUCAUCCUUAUCCCAGGGAGGGGUCAGUCCAUUUUCUUUAGAUGUGCAGUCAUGGCAAUUUGAUCAGUUCAUAACAAGAUCACAAAUAACGUACAAAAAGGGAGGUGUCUUCAAAGAAUUGUUACCAAAGGAGGAUUCUUUCUCACGAGCUCUGUAUACAUUUGACAUAGGACAGAAUGACUUGACUUCAGGCUUUUUUUCUGGCUUGACCGAAGAUGAAGUUAUAGCAACUAUACCUGAUAUUCUCAGCAAGUUUACCACAGCAGUUCAGAAUAUAUACUGGCAAGGAGGGAGGUCGUUUUGGAUCCACAACACAGGUCCUUUAGGCUGCCUUCCCUACGUUUUGGAUAGACUCCUUGUUAAAGCCGCUCAAGUGGACCCUGUUGGUUGUGCUACUCCUUUCAAUGAUGUGGCCCAGCAAUUCAAUCGCAAAUUGAAGGAAACCGUUGAUCAACUAAGAAAGGACCUUCCAUUGGCAGCAUUCACCUACGUCGACGUAUAUUCAGCAAAAUACUCCCUCAUCCACCAAGCCAGGAAGUAUGGAUUUGAACACCCUCUUAGAGUUUGUUGCGGGUAUGGAGGCCCGUACAACUACAACCAACAAGUGGGCUGUGGAGGAACGAUUGUUGUUAAUGGAACUGAUGUUUUGGUUACAUCUUGUCAAAAUCCAUCGACUCGGAUCAGUUGGGAUGGAUGUCAUUAUACUGACGCAGCUAACAAAUGGGUGUUCGACCAAAUUGUUAAUGGUGCAUUUUCGGAUCCACCUAUUCCAUUGAAAAAGGCAUGCCAUAGGGAGGCCCAUUGAUUUACAUUCAGUUCAUUCCCCUAUUCCAUUGAAAAAGGCAUAUGCCAUAAGGAGUCCCAUUGAUUUACGUUAGUUCGGUCGAGUCGUCUCCGUUUUUUUAUUUUACUAAGCUAAGAUUCAUGAAUUUAUAUUCCUUUUGAAGCUCUGAUAGAGGACUAGAUUUCUGAAGUCUUAUAUUCCUUUAGUCUUUAAAGAAUAUAUCUAAACGCUUUGUGGGUC